CAACCUUCCAAAGAUCGAGAUGUACUCCUUGGUGUUCUUCCUCACAGCUAUGGCCUGUUUGGUCCUGGCAAGCGGCCUCGACUUCUACCAGUGUGAGCCGUGCAGGGGAGAGGAGUGCAACGUGGAACCUGAAGGCUGCAAGUACGGCAUCUCAAGGGAUCCUUGCGGAAGGAUGAAGUGCAUGGCCGGACCCGGGCAGCGGUGCGGAGGACGGGACAGCCAUCUUGGGAAGUGCGGCGACGGCAUGACCUGCAAGUGCGGCAAGUGCAGGGGAUGCAGCAUCGACAUGCUGAGGAAUGGCAUCAUCGAAUGCGACGCCAACACCACGCCCGUCUGCUACUGAAAAGGAAACCUCUGAUUGACC